CUCGAACAUCCGUCUGAUUGAGACUAGUCGGAGUUUCAUCUGAAAGCAGACGAAAUGAUGUCCACGUUUUUAUGUGUGUUGUUGCUAGGCGUUAUUCUUGUGGCCAGUGUCCAAGGAUUGACCGAGGACCAGCUUCAGCAGAUUUUGGGAAAUGACAAGGGGGCACCGGCUUCUGACGAUGUCGGAUGGUAUCAUAAAACCAAGACCAGGAAAGGUGCACCGGCUUCUGACGAUGUGGGAUGGUAUCAUAAAACUAAGACCAGGAAAGGUGCACCGGCUUCUGACGAUGUGGGAUGGUAUCAUAAAACUAAGACCAGGAAAGGUGCACCGGCUUCUGACAAUGUCGGGUGGUUACAUGUAACCAAGACCAGUAAAGACCCGGCCCCUUGGUGUCAGUCGCAUAUUUCCGGGGCUGAUUGCUGUUUGCAAAGGACGAUGCACGCACACGGGAGGACAUAUCACUUGAACGCUUGUGUGAACGUGGACUUCCACCCCCAUGCAAAUGAGUACUCGGUCUACUUCAGUGUGAAUGGGUACUCCCUCUUCCACAAGGACACAGACCUGAAGAUGAAUGAAAUGGAGGAAUGUUUCUCGGCGUCCCAGCUGGCCCCUGGUGCCAAGAUUUGCAUUAAAUUGUACAAGAUCAGCACGAAACGCAAGCGUAUGUGCGCUGCCCUGGAUGGCAAGGCUGUUAUCAAGGGCGUUGAGAAUAAAGUUCAGCUGGACUACGGAUGUUUCCAAAUCGGUUCCGGAGACGAGAACGAGGAUGAGCAGGUGCCCGUUGGCAUGGAAACAGAGGAGCAGGCAACAAAUGCUGAGAUGUACCGAGCUCUCUCUGAUCAGCUAGAUCAGAGAGAUGGGGGUGAGGAAACGACCUCUACCGAAGAUGACACACUGCGUUUUUAAAUUUGAUUCCGCAGUGUUAAAUAUGGAAUUCAAGUCAAAAUAUGGAAAGCUGGUCGAGACAUUCCAAUUUAUAGUUGCUACUUGACACUUGUUAAUUAAAAAUAGUCAACCACCUAUUUGUCUUUGCUAUUAAAAUAAUUAUUUAUGAAAUGUUUUAACAAAAUACAGUCAUGUGGAUCCCUUUGUUAAACUAUAUGCGCUCAAAACAGCAUCCUGCGAUUAGCAAAUAUCAAUCGGAAAAUGGCAAUUGGCAAUUUAAAAUAUAGCAUGUCAUAGCCGGAUUUCCAUAUUUAUGGCAACUCAUGUUUUCAUUUAAAAAAAUAUAAUCAUAAAAAACUAGCGAUGAUAAACGUUGUCAAUAUGACCGUGUUAUUAUGUAAAACAUAUUUAAUUAAUUUGGAAAUGGAAAUUCAACAUCAUGACGACCAUUUUUACAAUGUCAUGAUAUCUGGCAAUAUAUAACAUUUUGUUUCAAUCCCAAACAUGCACGUUUAAUCAUAAUCAAUAAAAUGAUAUGGUUUGUGUUUUUCCUUCCAUUUUGCAACAACAUAUACUUGUCAAAUAAAAGAUCGUAUAUCCCUAAA